AAUUUCAAAACAUGUGAAACAACCCGACUUGGGGAAGAUCAGAAGAGACGGAGGAAGAGUAAACGAGAAAUUGUUAUCAGCAAUCGAAGCACUGCAGGAAUUAUCGAGCUCCUCCGCGUCCGCCUCGGUUUCCACCACCUCCGCGGUGUCCUCCACGUCCUCCUCGUCCACCACCACGACCACGGGAUUGCUCGCGCUGCUGUUGACGACGAACUUCGUUGACUUCAGUUUUCACGAGAUCGACCACCUGGAAGAAUGGGAAAUGUUAUGUUGUCGAAGAGAAAAUCAGGUUCAAUGGCUGAUGAUACCGGAGAACAUCCGGUAUGCUUCAACUGCACAUUACGAGUCGACCAAACCAUUCAUGUCAAAUGCUUUGAAUGUCCUCUGCGAAUUUGUAUCCUCUGUUUCCAAUGCGGCGCGGAAUCACCACCACAUCGCCGAGGUCACAAUUACGAGCUUGUCAAGCCAACAAGUAAUCCCGAAGCAAUGAGCUGGACACACGAAGAUGAAUUCGAAUUGUUAAAAGCUGCUCAUAAAUUCAAGAUGGGAAAUUGGGGAGAAAUAGCUGAAAGUAUUGGUCGCGGAAGAAAAGAUGGUCAUAAUUGCAAGGAUUACUUUGAAAAACAUUUCGUGCGUGGAUGGAUUGGACAAUUUUCCAUAAAAAGUUCAAGUUGGGAUCGAAUUAAAUAUGGGAUGUAUAUAAAUCAAACAUUAGACAGUGUGCUACAAAAAAACUGUUUGGAAUCAACGGAAAGAAUGCUUCUGAUUCGAGACGCCGUUCGUGCAUCUGGAGAAAGCUGGGAUGAAAACGAUCCGAAACUUGCGAUAAAAGUGCAACAAGUAUUAGAGCAGUAUGUGCAAAAAGUAAUCGAUGGUGACAUUGAAACCAAGUAUGAGCGCCCAAAAUUCCUUACAAAUCAAUAUGAGACGGAGCUUAGCCCAGAUGACUGUGAUCCUGAUAAUGAAAGAGAUAUGAAAUCGAAGCGAUCAGUAAAACAGGAAAUAAAUACUGAUGAUAGUGAUAAUGACAAUUCGCCGGGCCCGUCUUCCAGUUGUCGGAAAAAGGGGCCUCCGAGUCCAAAGAGAAGAAAAACUACUCGAGUUAUGAGAGAAUCAAGCAGUGAUUCGGACGAUGAUAAAAGUCAAGCUUCUGAUAAAGACACCUACCACGGCAUGGAACGCGAAACAGAAGAAGAAGAUCCUCCAAGCGCUUUUGAGACUGCACAGGAAUUUGAUACAGAAGAUGAAGAAGAAGAGAAAAAACCAAAGAGAGGAACAGCUUCGAGCUCAAAGAGACGAAAGCGAAGGAGGAUGUGGGUUUCGAAAAAAGAUAGAAGAUUGCAUGAAUUCCGUAAAAAGAUGAACCAAGAAGUUAAAGAGCUCAGAAGUGCAUAUCCUCGUCUACUUCAUGAAAGUGGUGUAUCAAAGUCGGAAACUCGUCCAAAAAUGAGAAGAAGUGAUGAGUUGAAAAUUCUUGGAUACAAUAACGAACGUGAAGAAUUGGAGUGUGAAUGGUUCAAUGAAGCUGAACAACUUAUCAGUCGCCUCACAAUAUCUGCUACGGAACCUCAGAAAGAUCAGAGACUCGAUAUGGAAAAUGAUAUUAAGUUCGCCCGUUUGAGACAUUACGUUCGUCUACUCGGAAUUCGGAAGGCUAAACGAAAUACUGUGCUUGAACAUGACAAGAUAAAUGAAUUCAUGAAAUUCUACCAAGAAGCAUGCUACGCAGCAGCCAAACGUCCAGUGAGCCAGCAGGAGAUAAUGGAUUCACGUACUGAAAAGGAGAAGCUAUUGGCAAUGACUCAACAAUUCCUGACUAGAGACGAGUAUCGUAGCCUACGAGCAUCCAUUGAACGUAUCGAUAAUGUAGUGGAACGGAUCGAAGUACUUCAGGAUCUUCAGAAAAACGGCGAGACCACUCUCAAGAAUGCUCCAGUUGAACGCAAAUCGAAGAAAAAGAUGAGAAAAAUCGAUUGUGAACAGAAGAAAAAGAUUGCUACCGAAUGGAGCAAGUUUAAAAAGUGGCACACUGAAGGAUGGGAGUAAUUUUAUCUCGUAUUCGAUUACCUAUUUAUAACAUAUUAUUAUUAAUUUUCCCCGUCUCUGUUUGUCAUAUUUAUUUUCACUUUCUAAUUCAUUUCCAUCCCUUGAUUCUCUAACUCAUUACAAGCUCUGUACAAUUAUACAAUUACUCCACCGUCAAAAAUCUGUAUUAUGUUUUUUUUUUCAUAAUUUCAUUUGGUCCUAAUACAUGUCUUCUCAACC